CUCGACACAGGGCGGUCUAUAAAGGGAAAACAAUGGAAGCAGGUGGAGCGCAAGGCAGGUGUUGUGGAGAUAAGAGCGGUAUUUGUCACCAUUCCCCGCCAUACUUGACUGAUGGCGCAACUCGACCCCGCUUGUCCGACGACAUCGCCGAGCAAUUGUGAAUUCCCCUACAAUCAGCAGCGAGCACCAGAAUCCGCCCAUGUGUAUAUUCCCUACGCCUGACUUGAGCAUCAAUGUAUGUUCUGCUUAUCAGUAUGUGAAAUACAAUUAAUGGUGGCUCAUUUCCUUGGGUAGCUAUCACCGCUGGCCAAAGUUCACUUACAAUUCGGCUUUCGGCAUCUUGGUGAACUCAGAGCUUGAAUCACCCUACACUACUUGCACUCAUCCUCUGGUGCUUUAAUCUGUUACACUGCUUCAAGAUGAGCCUUCCGAGCAAAAACACAUGCUCGAUACUGGUCAUCAACCCCAAUACUUCGUCGCAUAUGACCAAUGCGUUGAUCCCAUUGCUGGAUAACCUUGGACACGGAGGUACCCAAUUCGACUACUUCACAGCUCCGGUGUCGGAAACCGUCACUCUUCCGGAUGGUCGCGCUGUUGAGGGUGUGCCCAGCAUUGACUCGGGUGAAGACUCGGUGAGAUCAGCGCUCUACUGCAUGCCCUUCCUGGAGCGCAUCAUAUCCGAAUACGACGGCUUUCUCGUAGCAUGCUUCUCGGCCCAUCCGCUGGUAGGUAUGCUAAAGGACAAGGUCCGAAAGAUUGAAGAUUUGGACUCGGCCAGCGUGCCAUCAGAACAGAAGGUGAAGAGGAAGUAUGUCACGGGCAUCUUCGAAGCUGGAGUGCUGGCUUCACUGGGCGUCGUCAGCUCCUUUCAGUAUGCAGGAGGACAGGGCUACCACAAAUUCCAGUCGCGGGAAACUUUUGGCAUCAUCUCCACCGGCAAAAGUUGGGAGAAGGAACUCAGUGAUGCCGUUGCUGACAUGCUUGGCCAUUCAAGCGAUGGUAACAUCAGCCACUUCGCAGGAGUCGAGACCACUGGACUGACAGCUGUGGAACUACACACGACACCUCCUCAAGAAGUAAGGAAACGGCUUGUUGAAGCAACUGAGCGACUCCUCAAAAAAUCGCAGCAUCCUGUUGGCGCAAUUUGCAUGGGCUGCGCUGUUGGCUCGCAAUUUUGGCAGCAGCUCUGCGUCGAACAUGGAAUAAGCCAAGAUGGCAACUUAGAAGAAUUCGCAACUGAAGGUGGCGACCGCAAGGAUGUCUUCUUCUAUCAGAGUGAUGACACCCGGUAUAUCCCUCGAGCGAUCCUGCUGGAUCUUGAGCCCAGAGUCCUCAAUACUAUCCAAUCCGGUCCAUAUCGGAACAUUUACAACCCCGAGAAUUUCUUUAUCGGUCAACAGGGAAUCGGUGCAGGGAACAACUGGGGUGCUGGAUACUCUGCAGGUGAGGUUGUUCAGGAAGAGAUCUUUGAUAUGAUCGAUCGAGAGGCAGAUGGAAGUGAUUCGCUGGAGGGAUUCAUGUUUUUGCAUUCGAUCGCAGGAGGAACUGGUUCCGGCCUGGGCAGCUUCAUCCUUGAGCGCAUGAACGAUCGAUUCCCCAAGAAACUGAUGCAAACUUACUCUGUCUUUCCCGAUACCCACUCCGUGGACGUAGUCGUCAACCCAUACAACAGCCUGCUUACGAUGCGCCGGCUGACUCAGAAUGCCGACUCCGUUGUGGUAUUGGACAAUGGUGCCCUUUCAAGAAUUGUUGCGGAUAGGCUUCAUGUACAAGAGCCAUCGUUCCAACAAACAAACCAGCUAGUUUCUACCGUUAUGUCCGCUUCCACUACCACUCUCCGCUAUCCGGGCUACAUGCACAACGACCUGGUAGGAAUCAUCGCUUCCUUGAUUCCUACGCCCCGCAGCCACUUCCUCAUCACCUCCUAUACCCCCUUCACAGGCGACAACAUCGAGCAGGCCAAGACCAUUCGAAAGACGACCGUCUUGGACGUUAUGCGCCGACUCCUGCAGCCCAAGAACCGCAUGGUUUCCAUUAAUCCAAGCAAAUCCAGCUGCUACAUCAGCAUCCUCAACAUCAUCCGGGGCGAAGCAGACCCGACCGACGUACACAAGUCGUUGCUUCGCAUUCGCGAGCGACGACUAGCGUCGUUCAUUCCGUGGGGUCCUGCCAGCAUCCAGGUGGCUCUGACAAAGAAAUCGCCGUACAUUCAGGACACGCACCGCGUCAGCGGUCUGAUGCUGGCGAACCACACCUCGGUCGCCACAUUGUUCAAGCGCAUUGUUCAGCAGUACGAUCGUCUGCGGAAGCGAAACGCCUUCUUGGAGCAGUACAAGAAGCAGAGUCCCUUCUCGGAUGGGUUGGGAGAAUUUGAUGAGGCCAGGGCUGUGGUGAUGGAUCUGGUCGGAGAGUAUGAAGCGGCGGAGAGGGAAGAUUACCUGGACCCGGAUGCUGGAAAAGAAAAAGAGCUCGGAAUCUGAUAUCUGCACGACCUUCAUCCUUUUCUCCCCUUCGUUCGCCCUCCUUGCUUCUUUUUAUUUGUCUUCGUUCCACUAUUACCAAUUUGUUUAUUUUCUUUUAUGACUACCAAGGGUUGACCCGGUGUAUUUCGAGCGGCGAAGGCGUUUUUCAAAUUGAUUGUUGCUUCAUCUUGUGAAAAGAACCGCCAGUUAGACCUGCUACACUAAUUGAGGCAAUUG